ACUUCCAUAUGCCAAUCGCUAUCUGUUUCCCCACCAUUCAGGCAUUCGGCCUUUCGGGCCCCAUUAUCUAUCCUUCCUUUGGGCCAUGAUUACGAUAUCAGGGCACCCGCGUAUCUUUGCGAUAUCGCCCAUGUCUGUUGGACAAUUUAAAAACAGUAGCCCACCUGGGAGUCCAGUCCAAUCGAACGACAGUAAACGACGCGAGUACGCGAUAAAAUCAAAGCGAAUCGGAGUUCCUCUUAUUGGAUAACAUUAUUUGACUACUAUAAUUCUGUAAAUUAGAACGAGCUAGGAGUUGCAAAAUGGGUUGCCUAUCGGGAAUAGUCAACUUUAUUUUAUACAUUGUCAACAUCGUGUUUUUGAUCGUUGGCAUCCUUCUGAUCGUGCUGGGCUCGAUCAUGUUGUCCGACCUCAGUCACUUCGAUGCUGCCGGGGAUGGGACCAACACCAACACCAUUCCCAUUUGCGUCACCGUUCUGGGAGGCCUGAUCUUCGUGGUGUCCUUCUUCGGAUGCUACGGAAUCUUCAGGCAGAGUGCCUGCAUGACGGGAGCGUACACCAGCAUGGUUUUCGUCCUCUUCAUCCUUCAACUUGUGCUCACCUGCUGGGUGUUCGUGAACCGAUCGGCCUUCCUGGGCGACAUGGCCAAUCUGGUGAACCUGCUCUGGAACUCAGCGGACUACACUGCAAUGGGCGUGCUGGAGGAGUCCUUCGGCUGCUGCGGCGACACCAGCUACAUGAACUACAACAAUAUCGGUAUCAAGAUUCCCGGAACCUGCUGUGGCUUCCUGGAUCGCCAGAGCACCUGUAACACCCCUUCGGUCUACGAGGCGAGGCCCGGUUGCAGUGCAAAGUUCGAGGAGUUCUGGGACAACAACAUGGACAUCAUCCGCUGGUCCGGCCUGGGCCUGUGCAUUUUCGACCUGGUUGUCUUCCUGAUCGCCGGCGCCCUGACCAACUGCAUGCGCACCCAGAAUGCCGGACGACAGGUUUACGCCUAAUGAGGGACAAAAAAAUUAUUUAUAACUUAUAACCAACUACUUGUAAUAAACAUUUGAUAAAAUUACUUGUUACAUACUUUUCAAAAAUUUAAAUUCUGCAAAGAAAGCCACAAAUUAGUUUUGGGCCAGCUUUUACAGACCAAACCUAUGUUGUUAAAAUGCAUGUCUAGGGAUUUUCUUUUGAAACAUGUUAAAUGGAUAUUUAGCUUUAUAUUAAAAUUAUACUGAAUAAAAUAGUACUAAUAAAAUUUGAAAGAUAA